AUGUCGUUCUUUUCCAACCCCCGUCGUGGCGGCCGGCAUGAUGCCGAGCCUGAAAUCCCUCCUACACCGCGCACUCAGGCCACCUGUUUGCCCAAAGAGGCUCCUGCAACCCUUCUCAAUGUCGCAAAGCUCAAGCCAGAGUCUAGCCUUACGGUGUGGGGAAAUGAGAUCGUUCACGUCUUGCAACCCUUCAAGCUCGAUGGACUGGUGAACCUUGAUCUCCCAAGACCCCACCCAGGAGACAUCAACUACGACCGAUGGAAGUUCUGGACUCUUGUUGUUUCUAGCUGGUUGUUUAACCAGAUCGAGGUCGCACUUCAACUGAAGGUGAAAGCACAUUCGAACGACCUCGCCUUCGCCGACGAAAUAUUCAGCACUAUCAGGCUGCUGAGCCUGCGCAACCAGUCCAACUUCGUUGCCAACGAGUUGAAGAAAUGGGAGGAAAUGAAUCGCAAUAACUUUGCCACGCCCUCGGACUUCAUUAUGGCUUACCAGAACCAGUUCAAUCGUCUGAAGACAGAGGGCCACGAUCCCUCUUGCGACUUUGCGCUACGUCGACUUCUGCAGGAACUUCACGGGGAGGUCUUGAAGGUCCCGUUCAUCGAAGAAGAGGUGAAGAAUUUGGGACGGCCUGUGGACUACCAGCUGUUCGUCUACUACUGCAAAGUCUUGGUUAACGAGUCCCGCCAGCCCAGUGUCGCGCCCGCUGAUGACAUCAUUGGAGGUGGAAGUGCAACAGGCCAAAGCCAGAGCGGUGGUCGAGACAUCUCCUACCGCGGCUGGAGACAGAGCACCAAGGGAAAAGGCCAGGCAUGGGAGUAG